CCUCCAUGAUACAACUUAAACGCACAUGCCAUUUCCGGUGUCAGAAUAGCUUUUGAGUUUUGGUUGUGUAUCAGGGACAGACGACAGCGUGAAGGGGUACGCUGAAAUCUUUUGUUUACCUGUCAUAACAAGAAAUUGUGUCUCGUGAUCUUAUUUUAAAAGGAAAAAGAAGAGUUCUCAAAAACAUAAGAUCGUUGGCUGAAAACGUCGUCUGCUACAAAACAGUCAUGUCGAAAGCGUUUUAUUCGUCUUAUUUAGUUCGCAUGUGCACACUCGAAUCUCUAUGCCACACCUUGUCGAAAAGAUACUACGCUAGGGGUGUUCCUACAAGUGAUGAUGAUAGAAUACCUGCAAGAUUGAAAAAAACGUAUGGCAAAGUACGGAAAUGAUACAGCUUCGGAGCGACGUGUCGACGCCGGUCUUAAUCAUUCAAAGUCCAUACCCAGCAAUGUUCAGCCGUCAGCUUCAUCACAGUUUCCACAGAAUGCUGAGGAACUGAAAGAGCUGGUUCAGAGUAUGACGAUGAGCAGUCAAGGGGAAGCGGCACCACCUCAAGACCAGUUUCCUUCUGACAUGGAAAAGUAUAGGAACUGGCGUCGAGAUCAGUCACGUAAAGCAUUCAGACCAAAGGUUGAUCCUCGCCAGACUUCAAUUAUUUUGUUUCCAGGACAGGGAAGCCAGUUUGUCGGAAUGGGGAAAGAUACACUGGGGUAUGGCAACGCACAGGAGUUGUUUGAAGAGGCUAGUGAACUGCUGAAGUAUGACCUCCUGAAGGUGUGCCUUAAUGGACCUGAGUCAAAGCUCAGCAAGACUAUUCACUGCCAACCUGCAAUUUUUGUAACCUCACUAGCAGCAGUAGAGAAACUCCGGGAGCAAAAUCCUGAGGCCAUUGAAAAUUGCGUCAGCACUGCAGGUUUCAGCAUUGGAGAAUAUGCUGCAUUAGUGUUAGCUGGAGCCAUGACCUUUUCAGAUGCAGUCAAGAUUGUUCAUUCAAGGGCAGAAGCCAUGCAGAAAGCCUCAGAAGAGGUGUCCAGUGGGAUGAUGACAGUGUUUCUGGGAAAUACAUCAAAACUGAAGACUGCUAUGUUAGCUGCAAGAGAAUAUUGUCGACAGCGUUGCAGCAUAUCCAAGCCUGUCUGUCAGGUGGCCAACUACUUGUCUCCCGAUUGUAAGGUCAUUGGUGGUCAUACAGAGGCUCUGGAGUUUAUUAGCAGUAAUGCUAAGUCGUUUGGGAUACUUCGGACAAAAAGACUUCCAGUCAGCGGAGCCUUCCAUACGUCUCUCAUGAUUUCAGCAGAAACAGCCCUCAAGAGAAGUCUGAAUGAUGUAUCAUUAAGGCUGCCAGAGAUUCCGGUAUACAGCAAUGUAACUGCAUCAAGGUACAGCCACGAGAAAAAGAUUUCCCAGAGCUUACAGAAGCAGAUUACCUCUCCUGUCAAAUGGGAACAAAUUAUGCACGUGCUAUAUUCCAGGCCACAGGGGGAAGAUUUCCCAAAAACAUAUGAACUAGGACCUGGGCAACAGCUAGGAACCUUGCUGAGAAUGGUGAAUUUGAAGGCUUACCAAAGUUACACCAAUGUUGCAGUGUGAGUUAUAAAUCGUGAAAAUUAUAAACAUUUUUGUCUCUAACAAAUUUUCAAUGCAGGAAUGUGAAAGCAUGUUUGCUGUGUAAAAUAUUGUGAUGACUGAAUCCGAGUGUUUAGACUGUUAUAAAACACCAUUUUAUUAAAAACAGAUAAGUAAUCUUUAAA